AAAUGUAGUUUUUAUUUGCAAAAACUUUAAUUAAAAAUAAUUAAAAAAAAAUAAAUUAAAAACUUUCCUUAGUCAUGGCCAUGCUGUGGAUGGAAACCUACUUUUUGUACUGUUCGGUGCGUUUAGGUGUUAUGGUCAUUUCUAUUUUAGCAUUUAUUUCUCUUUUCGUACCAUCAAUAUUAUUCUUUGCCAUGGGCGCAGCAGUAUUGGGACCAACUUUAAAACUUUUUACCGAUGAUGAAAACUUUAGUAAACACCCAAUUGUUUUGGCAUUUACGGAUAAAGUUGAAAAUGAUGCCAACAAGUUGAUGGUGCUAUUUCAAUUAUAUUUUUUUGCUCAUAUGACAGCAAGUGUUUUAGCGUUUUACGGCGCGUUAAAGCUUAAAAAAUACUUCCUCUUGCCGUUGAUCUUUUUUGAAUUCUGUCGUGUUAUCUAUUGUCUCGCUUGUCAUAUAUUACUGAUGACAGUUUCUAAAAGUCGCCUAAAUCUUGGUAUGUUAAUAACCACAACAUUGGCAGGAGGUUUCUUAAUACUUUUCCUUGGCUAUAAUUGGGCUACCUGUGUGGCCUUAUAUCAAAUCAUUACCCUUAUCAAUAGUGAACGUUAUAAGACCUUAUACGGUGAUGAUCCCUUCAAACCGUUAAUACCCAAAACCUAUAAUCCCAUGGUUAACGAAAAUGUCCAUGUUCUAAUAACACCCAAUAGUAAUGACAUAGAUGAGCAGAAAAAACGUAAUGCUUUCCGAAAUGCUGCUAACCGAAAACGUCAACCGCAGCCGCAACCCAUAAUAUCGGUAUUACCAAUUGAUUAUUUGGAAAAUAAUUUCAAUUCCAAUAGAAAUAAUGUAAAAUGGAAAGAGAGUCAAUGGCCUACAACUACAGUGCAAACACCACCAGAAUCGCAACGUUAUCCGCCGCCUUCGGGUUAUAAUCCCUCGCAAAGGCGUAAUGAAAAUAACUUCAGAGUUAAUUAUAAUAAUUGGCAGUGGUCGGAAUUGGCUCCGGCGGUUUCAGCAAGGAAUAAGAAAAAUAUCUAUAUGGGUUCAAGAUGGUAUUAUUAAAGAGAGAGAGAGAAAGAUGAUUUAAUUAGAUUUUGUAAUAAUUAUUUAAUAAAGGAGAUGAUGUAAUAAUUA